AUGCACGACCGAGGCCUCAACUUUGGCAUCUACGAGGAUUAUGGUACGAAAACGUGCGGAGGAUUCCCGGGCAGCUACGGUUAUGUGGAGAAAGACGCCCAGACUUUUGCCGAUUGGGAUGUCGACUACCUGAAGCUGGAUGGAUGUUGGAUUGAUACCGAUAAGAUGCCUGCCGGCUACAAGCAAAUGGAGGAAGCGCUCAACAAGACUGGCAGGUCGAUCGUGUAUUCUUGCAGCUGGCCGGCCUACCUUAUUGACAAGCCGGAACAGGUUGACUACAAGCUUAUCGCAAAGUCUUGCAACCUUUGGCGGAACUUUGACGACAUCAACUCUUCUUGGAAGUCGAUUGCAUCGAUUAUUAGUUAUUAUGAUCACAAUCAAGACAAGCAUAUUCCGACGCAUGGACCUGGCCAAUGGCAUGAUCCGGAUAUGCUCGUAAUCGGAAACCCUGGAAUCACGGAAGACAUGGCAAAAACACAGAUGAGCAUCUGGGCCAUCUGGAGCGCUCCGUUAAUUAUGUCGAACGACCUGCGCACCAUCGCCCCGGUAUUUGCCCGCAUCUUGCAAAAUCGUGAUGUCAUCGCUAUCAACCAAGAUCCGAUGGGUGUCAUGGGAAGAUUGGUUGCAAAUACGACGAAUAUUGGUGUCUACGUGAAACCGAUCGUUCCUGGCGAUGAGAGUGGUGGACACAGCUAUGCAGUUGCCGUUUUGAAUCGAGAUGAACAGUGGAGCCAGGACGUAAGCUUCGUGCUCAGCGACAUCGGCCUAAAAGCUUCGAGUGGCUACGUCGUUGAAGAUCUCUGGACAAAUGUUAAAUACGGCAUCAUGAGACCGGGAGACAAAUUUAGCACUCGCGUCAGACCCACCGGCACCACUCUGCUCAGAGCCACGCUCGUCGACGCGCUGCGGCCGUACCGCAAUAACCGCAUCAGAACCGAUUACGUCUUC